AUGACUGAAGGUCUUUAUGUUGUACAAAUUCCAAUUAAAGCAUGGAACGUAGGAAAGAAAAACACUGAAGUGUCCAACACAACAUUGCAGUUCAUUCAUUCAGAUGCUUGUUAUGACAAUAGUCCAUCAAAGGACAGCAUCAACCCUGUAACCUGUCCAUUCCCUCACACCGUCAAAGAAGCAGUGGCCAUCGCAGCUGGAAAGAAGGAAAAUGGUGGUGACGAUGACGACGGCAAGACGAUUCGAUCGAACAUGCUUUGCUACUUGUAUUGGCUGCUGGUUGUUCUCAUUCUCGGCUUGAUAUCAUUCACCGUGUGGUUGAGCAUUCAGCUGGCUAGGAGGCACAGCGAGAUCAAUGGUUGGUUUGUGCUGGGGGGCGAGCACAGAAAAACUUUUGAAUUCGAAGACAUUUUUAAUACAACAUUCCAUCCAAAGACUUUUCACGUUACUUGGAGGACGCUUAUGUUUAUCGAUCAAAAACUGGUUGUCUUCACAUGUUCAACGUCACGAAAAAUGCCAGCGAGAAAAUCUUGGAUAGCUCGAUAUUUGUUCGUAUUGAUUGAUUCUCUUGCUAACGUUUCUCUUGUAUUAUCAUUAUCGAUGUUUUUUCAGCAGGAAAAAUACAAGAGCAGUCAGUACAUGCUGAGCGGAGAUUUGAAAUACGUGGUACUUCAGUACGACAACAUAAAGCUACGCACGCUACACUUCGGCGAGGACAAGCAGCCAGGCCACGACGACAUCGUCAACAAACAUCUUCAAGCUGUUGUCAUGGCUCCUACGUCUUCCGCUGCGGCGUUUGUUUACAAGAACAAUCUUUUCAUCCAAGCCUCACCUGCGCCGAGAAACCCGGCCAGACAACUGACCUUCAGUGGCUCCGAUGGUCAAGUGUACAAUGGCGUCAAUGACUGGACAUAUGAAAACAUGCUGAAACGAUCGUCAUCAAUUUGGUGGUCACCUGAUUCCAAAUACUUCUGCUACCUCAGCAUCAACGACAGCAACGUCACCAACUUUAAAUUCAUUCUUCGUAAGGAGGGGGCAGAGGCUGACGUCAUCAGCAUUCCUCACCCCAGGGUGAUUCCCUAUGGCAACAUACCUGAAGUAACGGUGAGACUGGUGGACACGGAGAAGUUGAAGGACGAGCAACAUCAGACAGUUCUUCGGGCCCCUCAGGAGUUCAGGAACAUUCAAUGCUUAAAAACCUCAAUAAUCUACAAACAUUCGGAAACCAGAGAUCACUACGUGGUGAAUGUUGUCUGGAAGGACUCGACACACGUCGCCGUUGUCUGGCACACUCGUCCACACAACCAAUCCAUCACCACACUUUACGACGUCGUCAAUGAAGCUACUUCAAAUUCUGGACACCCAAUAACGUUCUUGAAGUCCUCAACAAGUUACCUGACAAUCUUUCCAAAACUAGAAAGUGAUGAAACACUCUGGAAUCAUUUGGCACUCAUAGAACAACAAGACAUGCAAGACAGCAAGGUGACCUACCUGACAGCAGGCCAUCAAGAUGUGCGAGAUAUCGUGGGAUUUGAUGCAGAUGCCUUUGAAGUGUACGCCGAGAGAUUUGUACUUUUGAGAGAUUUGUACUUUUGA